UAAAUAUUAUGUAUUCACUAUCAUCUUUUCCUUUUUGGCAUAGUUUAAGACCACUAACUCAAGCCUCCAAUGUUGACCACCUUAUUUAAAAUAAGAGGUGUCUUUAAUUUAAAUUAGAGUUUGGUUCUUGUUUCUUUCCUCUUUCCUCAACUCAAUGAGCUAAAAUGAGUUGAACAUCUUCAUGAUUCAGUAUACAUUGCAUAUUCCCUUAAUUCUGAGUUAACUCAAUGGAAGUUUGUUUCCCCUUCACCACAAUUGUGUGUCUUCUUUUCUACUAUGCAAUCUUUCUUAACAAUUCCUCUCUUGCAGCAGCAGAUCAUCACAUACUUUCGGCAAACCAAACUCUUAGUGAUGCCCAAACUUUGAUUUCUCCGAACCAAGUUUUCGAACUCGGCUUCUUCUCAUCCGGUAAUAAAAAAUUCCUAGGAAUAUGGUACAAAAACACACCCGAUGUAGUUGUUUGGGUUGCAAACCGUAAUAAUCCCAUUACCAACGACGAUAAUCGAGGCGCACCGUUUUUAGAGAUUACUAGAAACGCAACACUAGUUAUAUAUACAAGAAGAACAGCCGAGAGCACAAUCAUCGUCAUCUGGUCAUCAUCAAAUUCAUCGGCUACUUUUCCAUCGCGAAAAAAUCCAUCUCUACGCCUCUUAGAUAACGGAAACCUUGUUCUUCUAGACGAUGAUAAAGAAAGCUACUACAUAUGGCAGAGUUUCGAUUAUCCAACCGACACCAGGCUACCUGGAAUGCCGAUGGUGUACGAUCCCGAUAUCGCCCUCGAUAAGCAUUUGACUUCAUGGAAAAGUUACGACGACCCUUCCCCCGGUGAGUUCGUGUACAGGAUUGUAAACCAGGGCUUGCCCGAGAGGGUUAUUUUCAAAGGCGCGUUUAAUAGACGAUACAGAAGCGGCGCGUGGAAUGGGCUUUACAUGAACAUUCCCACCUUCUACAACAAGGCUUAUACGCCUGAAUUAGUUUUCGACAAAGAAAACAAGUUACUAUCUCUCCAAAAUCCUUACGACAGCAACAGCUCGAUUCUGACAAGAAUGGUGCUGCAUCAAUCGGGCACGCUCCAUCGUUACACUCUGAACGACGAAAAAAACGGGUGGGAUCUUGUUUACACGAUACCGAAAGAUCCGUGUGACGAUUACGCAAAGUGCGGUCCGAAUGGUAUUUGCAGAAUAAACAGGGCCCCCAUAUGCGAGUGUUUGAAGGGAUUUGAACCCGAAUCACGAUCGGAUUGGGAUUCUCAAGAUUGGUCCGGUGGAUGCUGUCGAAUUAGCCCGUUGAGUAGUUUGCCGAAUGGAGAUGGUUUUUUCGAGGUUAGAGGGGUCAAGAUUCCGGAUAUGUUGUCAUUUUGGAUGAAUAAUAGUAUGAGCAUAAGUGAAUGCAGAGACGAGUGCUUGACGAAAUAUAACUGCACAGCGUAUACGCAGCCGUAUAUAAAUAAUGGAGGUAGCGGCUGCUUGUUAUGGUUCGGCGAUCUCGUCGAUACGAGAGUGCUUCCCGGAGCAGAUAAGAAUCAAAAUAUCUAUAUCCGAUUGCCGAUUUCUGAACUAGAAAACAAGAAGAAGAGGCCUGGAAAGCUAAUACUAAUUUCAGCUGUUGUCGUCGGAGUUGUUGUCUGCGCCUUACUAUUCUUGGCUAUACUCGUAAUGAAAAGACGAAAGAGGAAAGGUAACUAUUACACUCGUAAAAAAAGACGAGAGCAUUUUUGCUGAAAACAUUAGAAGACUUAUCCUUUUUUUCAAAAUUAAUAGCUGAAGAAAGGAAAAACGAGGAUCUUGAACUGCCUUCAUUCAAAUUCGCAACGGUUGCUGCUGCAACAAACAACUUCUCUAAAGAAAACAUAAUCGGAGAAGGAGGUUUCGGCCUUGUUUACAAGGUAAUUAAAAACAUGCAAAAUAUUGUAUUUCUUUAUGUAUUAAUUAGUACUUUUGAAUGCGGAUGAUAUAUACGGAAAUGCAGGGGAACUUGUCGGCAGAAGAGGAAAUAGCGGUGAAAAGAUUGUCGGGAACUUCCGGACAGGGUCUUGAAGAGUUUAAGAAUGAAGUUAUUC